CUACAAGUACUUUGUUUUAUUCUUUCUAUGUUUGUAUAUGGAACAUUUGGUGAUUCAUCUUUACUUGAAAACAAAGCUUCUGAUAAAAAUGGUUUGCUCCCUAGUACUGUAUCCGGUAAAGCGUCCAAUGUCCUACGUGACAUUCUUAAUCAGGAAAGUCUGGUCCGCUUCUCUAUGGUACAAAAAAUACAAAGUCUGGCGAUGGAUGCCGUGGACAGCAAAAAAGAUAUACAAGUUAUGAAGGCAAAACUUGGUGAAAUGUCAAUGAACCUACGGAACUUGGAGACGGAAAACCAAUUAUUGGAGAACGCAAUAAAGAAAAUGAAGGUUCUAAAUGAAUCUCAAUCAGUCUCUACCAAAAGCCCCCAAAUUGAGAAACUCAAAAACCAAUUAAAUGUAACAUUACAGAAGUGCAGUGUGAGCAGUCUUUUGGAACGUUAUAAAUAUACAGAGGACGCUUUGGGAAGAUCUGUGAAUGAAACUCUGCAUGCUGUUUGUAGAGAUCUGAAUGAAUCCAACUGGAUCUUGUCAAAAAUGCUUUCAAAGGAUUGUUUGGACAUUUUGCAGAAAUACCCAAGUUUAGAAGGAAGGGACGGGGUUUUCAGGAUAUCCGUGGCCUAUGAAGUAAAGUCUGAUUAUUGUGACAUGAGAACUGAUGGAGGAGGGUGGACAGUUA